CUAACCUCAGUGUGACUUGGUUAUGCAAAAGCUGUGGUUGCUUCCAGAGAGGCGCAGUGCAAGGAAGAGCUUUUCAGUCUAGGGAAAAGACAUGGUUUCCAGGCAGAAUGCUGAAAAGGGAAGACGGCCUCCCCUGCCAGGUGUUCCCUGGAAUGGAGAAGGACACUAACUCGGGUUACAUCUACUUGGGCAAAACAAGAAUGAACAUAAUACUUACCUGCCAGAGGCUAUUUAAUGACCAGUGAUGGAGUACGUGAUACGGGCCCAGCUAGUCUAGGAGGCAGCUGUUUGAUCCCCUUUGUUUUAUUAACAAAUAGGCAGAGAAACCGAGGUGUGGUAGAGACUUGCCCAUGCUCGUGCAAUGAGGUGGAACAGACUUUGUGACAUUUUUUCAAGCCAAGGGCCCCUCCCAAAGGUGACCAAGUCUUCCCCACCCAUUCUUCAGACCUGCCCAGACCUGUAGUUGCUGCCCAGGGAGCUAAGUCUCCUCCCCAAACAUAAACUCGAUCUUGUAGACCCAAUAAACCUGGCCUUUCCUCUCUGCCUCUGGCUUUCUGUCUGUUUCAUCCUCCUCUCCCUUUCCCCUGCCCUCUCUCCUGUCUUCUGCAGGUCUUGGCUGUGUCAGGGAAGGGGUCCCAUCCCAUGGCCUCUCACAUUGGGGAGCCAGGGCUCCUGCCCUGUGGGUCCUGUGACAUGGUUUUCCGCUCCUGGGCCCUGUUGGCCACCCACACUCAGCGCUUCUGCAUUGGCCGUUUGACCCGGGAGGUGACACCUGGAGCACAGCCCUCAAUGGCUACUGAACCACGGCCCCCCGCGGUUGUGCCACAAGAACACCAGGGCCUCCCAGACCAGGAGGCCAGCAAGCCGGCUCUCAAGAGGCUAACAGAGGAGGUGCUGCGGCUGCGGCUGUACCUGCAGGAAAUGCGACCCAAGAUAACAGAGGUCCCCAGGGGCUCAGAGGGGCCCUGGAGGCGUUCAGAGGCGCCGACUCAGGGCCCCACCUCCGAGGCUGCUGGGAGCCCAGGCGAGCGGCUGCGGGCGCUGCACGGGACUCACGCCAGGCGCGUGGCUGAGACGGAGGCACAGAGCCGGGCUCUGGCGCGACGCGACGAGGAACUGAGCCGGCGCCUCCAAGGUUUGGCCCGGACCCGGGGCGGGAUGUCACGCCUGUCUGGCCUGGAGCGGGAGCUUCGAGACCUCCGGGCAGAGGCCGGGCGAACGCGGGGAGCUCUAGAGGAGUUAGGGGCGCACGUUCAGCAGCUACUACCCGAGCCCGGGACCGGGCUGAACUCCUUGCGAGAGGCAGAAUUCUGUUGUCCGGUGCUACAGGCCAACCCAGGGACUCUGGCUGCCGAGAUCGGGGCCCUGCGUGAGGCCUACAUUCGAGGCGGGGGCCGGGACCCCGGCGUUCUGGGCCAGAUAUGGCAGUUGCAAGUGGAGGCGUCAGCUCUGGAGCUUCAGCGGUCGCGGGCCCGCAGGGGAAGACGGGCAGGUGCCCCAUCCGGCGAGCUUCUAGUAGUGGAGGCCGAAAACCGGCGCCUAGAGGCAGAAAUCCUGGCUUUGCAGAUGCAGAGGGGCGCAGGCCCAGCGCCCUGGGGGCCCCAGGAGCCGAGACUUGUGGCCAAUCCCAGCCCAUGCCUGAGGAGGAGGGAAGAUCCCCCACGCCUCCCGCCACCGGUGCCUCCCCCUCUGCCACUGCCACGGCUUCCACUCUCCACAGGCGGCCUAUUUUUGGGUCGCGCCGAGAAGUCUCCACAGCUUUCUGGAACCAUGACCAGGAACCUGGGCCUGGAUCCACACUUCCUCCUGCCCACAUCUGACCUUCUGGGCCCUGCACCCUAUGACCCGGGGGCUGGCCUGGUCAUUUUCUAUGACUUUCUGCGGGGCCUUGAGGCUUCUUGGAUUUGGGUGCAACUAAUGACUGGUUUGGCCCGAGAUGGACAGAAUACAGGAGGGACCACAGCAUUGCCCCCAGCCCUUUGCUUGCCCCCGCCUCCAGCUCCUGGGCCCAUGGGCAACUGUGCCAUCCUUGCCAGCAGGCAGCCUGUACCCAGACUACCACCCUCACCAUCAGUAUCCUUGGUCUGUGAGCUACAUGCCUCACAGGGGCUGGCAUGGGCUAAGGCACCGCAGCCAAAGGCCUGGGCCUCACUGGUGCUAUUUGACCGGGAUCAGAGGGUGCUAAGUGGCCACUGGCGUCUCCCACUUCGAGCCCUUCCUCUGGACUCCAGCCUUAGCCUUGGGCAGCUAAAUGGUAUUCCCCAGGUAGGUCAGGCUGAGCUCUUUCUGCGGCUGGUGAACGCAAGAGAUGCAGGUGUCCAGACACUGGCAGAGAUCAAUCCAGCAAGUGCCCACAAGUACCAGUACCCACCUCCGGUGUCCAGCUCAUCUUCACUGGAAGCCAACUCCCUUGCCCCAAGAGCUGGCUUUGUUGACCCCCCUCCUCCUGCAGAAGAGCCCCUCAGUAGCAGAGUCAAGGAGAGAGAUGAGGGUUUGGGCCCUCAUGGCUUUGACCCACCCCCACUGGCUUUCUGAGUCCUGGAGAAUGUGGGUAUGAGUAGCUUAACAUGCACAGGACUAGAGCCUAGAUUGAGUUCUCUUCCCAAACCUGCCCCUUUACUACUCCAUGUUCUGACAGAGGGUCCAGAGGCAAAUAGCAGAUAUGAGCACAAACUACAAGCUCCAACCGCAGCUUCACCACCUUCCACAAGUGCUUGGCCUUUCCUUGUUCUUCUUUUGUAAACAG